UGAUGUGACACUACCGCAGGUGGCCCUCCACCACCACGGUGGCAAACUACCACUGUGGUGUGGUUGUCAUGGCCACCAUCACAGCCGUAAUCGCUUAAUGAUUUCAUUUAAAUUGGUUAUGUGUUAUAAUUCUGAUAUCAGAGCUCCCUCAUUCUCUCCAAAAAGUCUGACAUUAACAGCUGUAAUUGCAUUUAAACCUGAGUGGCUGCUUUCUCUAGGCUUAAAAACUCCCCACAAAAUCAAGAGUGCUGGUGUGUGAGGAAGCCUUUUUCAGACAAUGGAAAGUGCCUGGAUUAGGGCAGAUUAAGUAAAGGGGAUACACUACCAACUGGCCAACAGUUCACUAAUUUAAUAUACACAGAAAUGCCAUAUUGUCAUAUUGGCUGACUUCUGGAUUUAUGACUGAAAGCAACUGAAGUAAUCAUGUUUAGAAGGCCAUGUCUCCUUUCUUUAUUUUUUCCUUCACUUUAUGUCACUGUGUUGUAUGAUUGUGUGUAUGCUGACUCAGAGAGAAAGAGAGAGAAGCCAGGACCUGCUUUGUGGUUGAGCUGUAAUUGAAGCAUAGCAGGCAGUACUGUGGUUCAGCGCGGGUCUGUGUGAUGGGCAUGGGAAUACUUAACAGCCCUUAAGAAAAGAACCAAAAAAAAAAAGACAUGAAGUUCAGAACUUCACCAACACAGAGUUGAGCAGCAGCUGCAGCCUGGACCUGCUUCCUGUCCAUUCAUGUAGCAUGAGUUCAUGGUGUGGCACCUCAGCGUGCACUCCUCUGGUUUGGCCAUUACAGUCCAUUAGAGUACACUGUACAUUACAUUGGGCAAUUUAACCACAGAGAAAGUAGUGAGCAAAUGUAUCCCAAAUGUCCGAGUAACAGCACUAAGCAUUAAAACCAUACCUUAUGUUAAAUGCUGCUGCAUAUCCACCCCUUACCCCUUCACCUCUACCUACAGCCAUUGGCACUAAUGUUGUAGAGAAGAGAAUUUACUGGUGCCUAUUGGGUUUUUGUAUUUCCGCAGCAUGAAUGUUAUUUGCAUUCAACACUUAAUAGUGUGAUUAAGCUUGUAUUUGAGCAUGAAGCUUUCUCCAGAAGGGAAGGGCUGAUCUCAGAUCAGUGGUGCAGUAAAUCCGGCUGAUAUAAAGGCAUGUGCUUUGGCUAUUGUUCAGUUUAUUGCAUACAAACAGUGGUGGUAAAAGUACCAAAAUCUUUAAUCAAGUAAAAGUGAAACUGCAUUUCUAAAUAAAUACUCAGGUAAAUGUUAGAGUACAAUGUCAAAUUCUUCACUCAAGUUAACAUAGAAAGUAUAAACUUAUUUAAGUAUAAAACUAAAAGGAGAAGAAAGAUUCACAAAAGAAGGAAAAAAUGUCUGCCUCAGAUGACACUGAUUUUAAUUACUGAUGGUAAAUUCAGCUUAUUUCACAAAUGAACCAAGUAAUGUGAAUCUCAGAAUUGUUAGCUGGUAUGAUAACUCAGACCAUACAAACUAAAUUAAAGCUAAUAGCUAUCUGUCACAACACAAACUGGCUCAAUAAAUACAAACUUACUUAAAAUGAGAAUUCAGCAGGAGAAUAAGGCCAAUAUCUAAACAUACAUUUUGAUCAGAUUUCUUCAUAUUUUUCAUAUGAAGGUUAACUUUUUUUUUUUUUUUUUUAAUAAAUGCCUGUUUAUUAAAAAUGUAUUUUUAAACACUUUCCCUUUUCAACAGGGCUGACCAUCACAUCUACCUCCACAUUGAAUCUGAAAACUACUGCGAAAUUGCAAUUACACAAAAUUGUUUUGCAUGGUCUGUCGAAGUGAUGUUUGCUGAAUUCAAGAAGUGCAACAUGGCUAGCGGCUUCCUGUGCUGCUUGAAGUAUAUGAUGUUCCUCUUCAACCUCAUCUUCUGGUUGUGUGGCUGUGGACUGCUGGGCGUAGGGAUCUGGUUGGCAGUCUCUCAGGGCAGCUUUGCCACCUUCUCACCCUCCUUCCCCUCCCUCUCCGCUGCCAACCUUGUCAUCGCUAUAGGCGCCAUCGUCAUGGUGACCGGCUUCCUUGGUUGUCUGGGUGCCAUCAAGGAAAACAAGUGCCUGCUCCUCAGUUUCUUCAUUGUCUUGCUGAUUAUUUUGCUGGCCGAGCUGAUUUUGCUCAUCCUCUUCUUCACAUUCUCCGACAAGGUCAGUGAGAAUGCCAAGCAGGAUCUGAAAGACGGCCUGUCUCUGUACUACUCAGAAAACAACGUUGGUCUGAAGAACGCCUGGAAUAUCAUCCAAGCUGAGUGGAAGUGCUGUGGUGUGACUGGGUUUACAGACUGGCACGAGGCUCUGAAAGAGAAGGUGGUACCUGACCGCUGCUGCCAAGAACACUAUCAGGACUGCGGCCGCAACGUCACCAACGAGUUCUGGAAGCGGGGUUGCUUUGAGAAAGUGGAGGAGUGGCUGGAUGAUAACAAGCACCUGCUCGGCACUAUUGCCAUGUGUUUCUUGGUCGUCCAGCUCCUGGGUAUGGCCUUUUCCAUGACAUUGUUUCAUCAGAUCCACAGAACAGGGAAGAAGUACAAUGCCUAGCCAGACUCCAGUACAGACAGAGGCUUAUGGGACUGAUUCUGGAAGAAACGCUCCUUUACAUCCCCUACAACUUCUAACCUUAUCUCCUGUUCUACCCAAACUACUCUGUACAGACAUCAGCCAUGCGUCCCUUUUCUUCUUCUUUCUCUUCUCUCUCCUGACACCACUCAUCUGCCAAAGAGAAAGAGAGACAGAGAGGAAGGAGUUCAAACUCUUUGGCCAAGAAGCCCCAUACUGGCUGUUUCCCUUUCCCUACUCCUUUAGAACCUUUUUUUGUAUGCUUGGACUAACUAACAAUUGCAGGAAAGAGAAUAUCAUGACAACAAUAAACUGCAUUGCUCUACUAAUGUAUAAUUCCCAUCCUGCAAGGAAAGGAGAAGAUAUAGAAGACUAACCAUGCCAUUUUUUGGGUGGUGUGCUUUUUAAAUUAAAGUUAUUCACAUGUUCAAAUUCCCUCGACAAUGAAAAUGACAAAAGGUUCCAUCACUGUCAUUUCAAUGGACGAUUAUUUCUUUUUUUCUCUCUCUCUCUUUUUGUAUCCCAGUCUUUUAAUUAUUGUCGUUAUGCAUCAGAGGAGGGAAAUGUUUCCUGAGUUAGCUGAGUAGGACUCAGGUGGUCAGAGAUGGCCUUGUGUGUUUUAAUUACUCCUAAGCACCGAUUUAUACUGAAUGAUUAGAAAAGGAUGCAAGUAAGUUGGAAAAUUCAAGUGUGGAUUGAGCGUUACAUCAGGAUGUGAGACAACUGUGGAUGUUUCUCCUUUUUUCCCCUAUGCUGACAUACACUGAUACACAGUCAUAAUGCCUUGUCUAAAUUCAGAAAAACACCAACGUGUUUAAUAAUAAUAUUUAACGUUUUAGAACCAGUGCUGUACAGUUUGUUUUUUUUUCUAGUUGUAAUAGUAGUCAAAAAUCGCACAUAACAAGUGAAAGUUGAUUCAUCUUUCACACGUUAACUCCACAUUCAGAGUGAUGAAAAUCAUGCAAAGAGGCAUGUUAACUGAAGCUAAGAAAGCAGCCUCCCUGCACCAUUGAUCAUAGGAGGACAAGGGUCAUUCAUUCUUUCUGUUUCUGUAUACCUGAGCUCGUCAUCCAAUGUUUUCCCUCAUUCUCAUCAUCUAAUCGUCCCCCCCAUCAAUGUCAAGGCUAGGAUGUGCCACAAAGGUUAUAGUAGUUUCUAUUUUAACUGACAUUCCUGUUGGUUUUGUAUUCAUACCUUUAGUUUAGAUACCGCUCUAGCAACUAAAUCUGUUCUGUCAUCUCUACCUGCUUCUCCUUAAAGGAGAGUUAAAGAUCAAAGACAGCGCUUUUAGCUUAAGGUUUUGGAGGGUUUAAUUGCUGUUCAGCAAAGCAUCAAUUAUUUUGUCCAGACUGCAAUUGUUGUCUGAGAUUCUGGCAAGAAAAGGGUUGUCAGCCAUCUCUUAUCCAGCCGAGGACUCAGAGAACAUGCCCAUCUCCUAAAGUGUCCAAACUUAGAAAUAGUGCAGGUUGUGCUGAAAUCACCACCACUCAUUUAAUCGGGCAUCAGACGAGACACAGAACUGCUGUUUACUAUAGUUUGGGAAAAUUGGUUUUAUACAAUCAGGGACCAGAGGUGGUCAGCAGUUCAGAUCUUCAUCCUAGAUAUGCAGAAAAAUGGACAAAAUUUGUAUUCUGCUUGGGAUGAGUAUGGAACCGCUGUCACUAUGCACUGCUGCUAUGUGAGAUGUUGUUUGAGGUUCUUAAGAGGAUAAGAACGUGAGGAGAAAGAUUAACUAUUGCUAAGAAACAGUGCAGACUCCAACACAAUAAUUCCUGCUUGCUCACACCUGGUGGAUAUCCAGAUUGGGAUUGGCAUGGAGCUGAAAUCACUGCAGAUGUAAACCUGCACUAACAGAGGCAAAGGCAAACAUUAACACGCUGUGUCACAAGGUUCCUUUAGCCUCAAGUCACAGUUUUAUAAGAAACAUAAGUUACUUGGAAUUUGUGUGUUUUUAUGCUUCAUAAUAAAAACUGAACUGUUAACAUGCUCAGUCUUUUACAUGGUGGAUUGCUGUUGUCCCCUGAUGUUGGUUUGUGAAGGAGUUAGGAAUAUAAAUCAGCUCUUACUGUAAUUGUACCUCCACAAUAGUGGAUGUUAUCAUAAACACAAAUUAGACUGCAGACCUGCAGUCAGAUUAUUGAAGUCACUUGUAAUGAGGUAUGACAUGAUCAUGGGAAAAGUAAACAUUGUUGUCACAAGAGGUUUGAAUUUUCUAAAUCUUGAAUUUUAAACGAUUAAAUUUAUCCUUUACUGCCAUCCCACUCUCAGUGUUUUUCCUGCAUAUAAUCUCAGUUAUAACUAUGGAAUACAAUGCAUGUGUUUAAUGACAUGAUGUUGCUUAUCUUUAUCUUUGGUUUGCUUUAAAGUAUCAGAAAAGCUUUCUGCAAUAUCUAACUGCACAAGGGGAAACAAAAUGCGUUACUUUAAUGCAAGGGUUAUCUCAUGUUUUGCAUUCAUGCAUUUGUUUGUAUAUUGGUUGUCAUUUUUGUCUGUUUUUAUUCCAUAUACCGUUUCAUUAUUUUGUUCUGUCCUAUAUUAGUUUUCUUUUAAAUCCGAGUUCAGAAAUAUGUGAAGACGAUUGGCAUAAUUUUAAUUUCGAAAAGGCGCCUAUUCAGUUGCCUUAAUGUCAGGUCUGUAGAAUGAAUUUCUAUCGGGUUUUCACUUUGGGGCAUACUUAUGAUGGGCUAAUCCUUGCUGCGCAUACAAAAAGUGUUGAAAAGUUCUGCAAGUUUUGACAUUUAUGAGUGUACAAUAUGAUUUGAAGCCAAUAUACCCAUUAUAAUAUUUUCCAGACGAUGUCUCUACUGAGCUGUUCUUCACACUGUGCUAAGCUCAAUAUGUAGUUAAUUCAUCAUCUGAUAUCAUUCUGAUUAUUACUAGCCUAACACAGAGACAUACUACACAAAGAGUUUGGCUUUUCUGAUUGUACAUUUUGCUGAAUCAUUUUCGCAAAUGCCAUUGAAUCUAAUUUUAUCUCCAUUUCUCUGUUGUUUGACUUCUAUUAGCUUUUUUUUAACUUGUCAUUUUGAGAGCAUUAGGUAAAUGUUUUGUUCAUGUUGCUGUUUAUAUUCAUAUGUGCAAGAAGCAUUAUAUCAACAGUUCUAAAUAAUCCUUAUAUAACUUAUCCACAUGUUCCACUCUUUCUUUGAAGCACUGCCAGUAAAUGACUAAUUUGGUUAGAAAUAAGAGAUUUGGACAACUCAUUUCUGCCAUUUGGACAACUCAUUUCUAUAUUUUUGUAUUAAUGUCCCGACCCAGUGCUAGGCUAUGUAUCAGAGUUGAAGUUUAAGCUCCUGAGUGAGGUGUUUAAUGUCAUGGUGUCUUGGCACAUCUAAUUUCAUGCCAACCCAAUUUUGUCCUGUGGAGUUUUUGCUACAUGUAAAGCACUAUAGUUAUCUAUGUUAGGUGGUGCACUAAAUGUCAUUCUUUAAAUCUUAGUAUUUUUUAAAUAAAGGAGAGUGUGUCGCAAAA